AAGUCGCUAGCUUUGAUGUACUAUCAAAAAUAUUUUAUGGCUCCAUGCGACAGUUAAAUUAAUUGCGUGGUCAUCUUGACAUUCAGAAUAGAGCAAACUAAUUAAAAAGGACCAUUAAACUUGAUAUAAAUAUAAACAAAGUAAAUGAAAACGUGCAGGCAUCUCCUUUGGUACUAAAUACGUCUAUUAUUAAUUAUAGAUAAACACGGCUUGGCAUAAAAGUUUAUCCGCUUUGGCCCAAAUUCACAAAGAAACAUGAUCGAUGCGUCAAACCUCGUUUCUCGACAACGUUUUGAACUGCUAUAGUCUGGCACACAACAAAACACCUUCGAUGGCAGGUUCAUGGCUAACUCAGCUGGCCUUUGCAGCUCUCAACAUUCUCCUGGGAAUGUUAUUUGUAGCGGCAAAGAAAGACUUUUGUGGAAGCGUUUUUGAAACUCAAGUCGAUCAUGUCUUACUUGGUCAUGUCACGGACACGGUUACUGUUGUUGAUGAGUUUGAAUGCCAGCUUAAGUGCAUCGGAAAUAACAGUUGCAAGUCGUUUAACGUUCGUACUGGUGGCAACAAUAUACAACGACGCAUUUGUCAGCUUAACAACAAAACCCGACAGAUGAAGCCAGGAGAUUUUAAAUGGAAGAAAGGUUCUACAUACUAUGGCUCUGUUCAGGCCUCCUGCAUCGAUGUUUCCCGUGAGCAAAACAAACAAACAAAGAACGGAGAGUGUUAUCCAGGAUACAAGGGGAAAAAAUGUGAAAAACCUAUAAAAGGUUUGAAUUCCAAUCAGCCUGCUCAUUCCUGUAAGGACAUCCGGGACUCAGGAGACUCCAAAGGAGACGGCGAGUACUGGAUCGACCCUGAGAAGAGUGGAAACCCUUUCAAGGUUUACUGUGACAUGACAACUGACGGAGGAGGCUGGCUUCUUGUCUCCAACGCUGUGCUUGACGGCUCAUCCUCCACACCACAGUUGUCAAUAGAGACGCCAUACAGAGGAAUCAGCAACUAUCACAAUAACCGGACGUUUCUGACGAAGAGUGCCAUGAAUGAGCUCAGAACGCACCUGUCUUUCACUCAACUGAGAUUCCACUGCAGUAAACAACAGGGACGCACGUUCCACGUGACCACGGCCGCCAACAGCACCGGUGAAACUGUAGUCCAGUACUUCAGCGGUCAGACGGAUGUCCAGCCUGAUGCCUGUGGCUCGUUUGUUAGAAUGGAGAAUGACAACUCGAAGUUAGCAAGAGUUUGCGGUCAGUGGGGAUAUAAUGGUUACAGCUAUAACAUUAACAAAUGGGGGCAUGGUGCAGAUCAAGAUAGAUUGUACUCUUUCCCUGCUUUAGAAGGAUAUAAACAUGAAUGGAAGCUGACUCCAGGAGGCUCAAGAUGGGAAUGUGAUGAUUUUCUCGUUGGAAUGUCUUCUGGUGAUUUCUGGAAAGUCUUUGUUCGUUAAGAUCCUGGUACACUUAUUACCAACAUAACUCCAAAUAUGGACGUCCGCUUAUCUAUGCUCAAAUACAGAGCUGAUUGUAGAUUGAUAUAUUGUAAGGGAAUUUAGUAAAAAGGGCUUUAAUUUUCAGACAAUAACUAGAUUUUCAAGAACUCGUGUAAGAAGCCUUCCACGUAAACAUGUUUAAUAAGAGCACUUUCCAAGCUGAAUUUUAGUCUCAACGUUUCAUCGCAAACUGAGGCCCCGUCUUUAAUUCGCUAAUGCGCAUGCGUUUUCGACACGAUGCCCAUUCGAUGAUGGGUUUUCUUUGGUAUCCAAAUCUUUGUGUUCACGCUGCUGCCGUCUACGCUGCAUUUUACCCGUCCACCCUGAAAUGCUGGCAAACUGACACGCUGAUGCCCUGUGAGAGAACUGUACGACCGUAAUUUGCCUAUUUUCGUUAUCCACACUAACAAGAUAGGGCUCCGUUUUCAAUAGAUCCACUGGAAAACGACGCGCGCGUCUCCUGUUGUAUCUGUUUGGACGAGAGGCGAAAACGCAUUAGUUUGCAGACAAGGCCAGAUAUAUCUUGGCAUAGCUGCUGUAAAAUUAUUCUCUACACCCCCUCCCCUCUGUAAAACAAAGUCUAUAGUAAUUUUUCUAGCCCCUUAUUUACUUAACUUAGUCACAUGUACUCCGUUUCGUGGAAUUCAAUUUAAACAUAAUUCUUGAGUUGCUUAGCUUGUAUAUUGCUUCAUUCUUUCUCGCUCCACGUUUGUACAGUGGCGCAUCUAGGGGAAAAAAUCACAGAAGAAGAAAAGCCGGCAGGGCAAGAAACAAAAAAAAGCCCCCGCCUCCUAGCUCAAGGCCUCGAUCCGCCACUGUUGCAGAUGUCUGAUUGAGUAAUAACCGAUUUACGUGUAGCAGAAAUAAACGGAUGCACUUUGAAAUAAAAUACUUCGAAUAAACAAAGCUGUAAAUUGUAUUAUGAAUAAAUGUAAAUGAAUAAAUGUAUACACGAAGUGUUUACAAAAUGUGCCAAAAAGCAAUUCCUCGACACUUCAAUGAUUCUGCGCGUUUACGUCUUGUUUGUUUUUAAAACCAAAAACACCGUUUUAUUAUGAGAUUGGCUUGACCAAUCUCAAACGUGGGGCCUGGUUAUAUUGGGAACCGUUAUUCAUUUCCCCAGAACCACUUUAAUUUUACUUAGCAUGAAAAAAGUUGCCCCUACUGAUUGGCCCUCACAAUUUCGCGCACGCUCUUUAUGUUCCGACUUAUUCCUGGUAAGCGAAUGCAAAGUGUUUGGGCUCACCUUACCUAUAAAACGAAACAUUCUUCACGCCUGGAUCAGAGAAAUCAUUUGUCUGGAAACAUGAGCUAAAGGUUUUCGAAUGUUUUAGUGUUAUUCAAAUUUGGUGCCUUUCACAAUAAUAAACAUGUGUAUCUUUUAAUUACGAUCUAAACCCCGUCACACCCUUAAACCUCAAAGCCUUUCCUGUUAAACCUUGACAAUAGAUGGUUACGUGCAGUUACGGAUGGAAGCUCAAGUUGGUAAAUUAAGCGGUUUAUUUUGUCAUUCAUCCUAGCUUUGUCGUUAUUUGCACUUGACGGUCGAUGGAACUCACACGAAACUGCCACUAUCCAUUGUUGACAUUUUAAUUUAAAUGGCCUGAGCUGAAAUUAUGAAUAUUAAGCAUUUAAUAGCACGAUUAAUUGAAAACAUGUCUUAUAUUCAGGUAGCGUUUAUCUUUUAGAGAAACUUCAUAUUAAUGUAGUGAUAGUUUUGAUUCGCGUUUGAGGCGUUUUACCUGCACACACAUGUAACUGGAGCUGUCUGCUUUCAAGAAUGUUUCUCAUAGGGGCCGCUACGGGUGUAAGGGAUGGAUAAGGGAUGCCCAGCUAACUGAAUACAUUGUAAAUACAAGAAAUACUGGCAUAUUAAAUGAUAUUUUUGUUCUAUUACCUUGUGGAGUGCUGCGGUUACAGCGAUAACUGAAUACAGUACUGUAUACUGCAGAACUACGACUGGCCUUUAGUGAUAAUUAAGAGUAAAUCAUAAUUGCAGCCAACAUUAACAGUCUCACUGUAACAAAAUGCAGUGAUAAAAUUUACAAAUGUCAGAGUAUCUUUCAUAGUCAGGCCCAAUUCCUUUCGGGUGCCUGCUGACACGAGCGUAAAACAAAGGAAACUAAACCAUACUCCCUCAAAGUGUCCAGGGGCCCGUUUCUUGAAAGCCCCGGAAACUUUUCGGGCCCGUU